AUGAAAUAUCCCAAACCUUCUUCAAUUCAGAUUUAUGGAAUAACAAAAGAUUCCUUACAAUAUAGUGAUAACGAUCUCGUCAAAAUUGUUCAAGAAUCUUUAGUUAAUGAUCCUAAAACUAUUAGAUUAGUUAUGAAAAAUAUUCGAGAACUUCCUGUGGAAAUUAUUAUUGUAGCAAAGAAUUAUAAAAUUGAAAGAUUUGGACUUGAUCAAAAUCAAUUGACAAAUUUACCAACAGAAAUAUGUAAUCUUACUUGUCUUAGAUAUCUUAAUAUAUCUCAAAAUGCCUUUCGAGAAUUUCCUGAACUUUGUUCAUUACCAAGUCUAGAAAUUUUGGAUAUCAGUAAAAAUAAAAUACGUAAAUUACCAAAAGAUUUCGGAAAAUUAAUGACAUUAAAGGCAUUACAAAUGUCUAAAAAUCAAAUAAAGAAACUUCCAACUUAUAUUGGAGAUAUGAAACAUCUUCAAUAUUUAAAAGUUGAUUAUAAUCCAAUUACAUUUCCAUUAAGAGAGGUUAUCAGUAUUCCUAAAGGUGAAGAUAAAGAAGAUAAAGAAAUUAUGUUAACUUGGUUGGAAAGUUUAAAAGAGUAUUUAAGACAACACGCUGAUUUACCACGUCGAGAUCGAAGUUAUAGUUCACAAGGAUCUCAUCAUAGUAAUAGUAGUAGUAUAGGAAGUAUUGAAGAUAUUGGAAAUAUUGGAGGUGUGGGAAUUGUGGGAAGUGUAGGAAGUGUAGGAAUGAGUUUAUAUGAAAAUGGAGAAAAUGUUAUUACAAGAAUUUUAGAAGAGAAAACAGGAGAUUUUUAUUUUCAAAAAUUGAAGACACUUUUACCAAUAGAGCACCUUCCUACGAGUGAUACAGCACUUAGAGAAGCCAGUAGAAAUAUUUUAUAUGCAUUUUCGCAAGUUCAUAAAGCACUUAGACAAUUUGUAAUAUUUACAGGAAAUGAAAAAAUCUUUGUAAUAGAAUUAAAUAAGACGAAUGCAUUAAUAGGACAAUUAAGUAUUUCAUUACAAAGAUUUGAUACAUUCGCAUUACAAGCGGCACCUGAUGCAGAACAUUGUGCUAAAUUAUUGACAGCAGUUCAGGAAAAUGUUUCAUGUUUUAAAAAUCUUAUGGAAUCAUUAAACAAACGUCUUAAAUCUUUAACACAAUCAUCAGAAAAUAUAAGAUAUUCUCGUACACUUCUUUUAGUCCUUCACGGAGCAGUUGCUGAUAUAAAAUUUGCUUGGGAUCAUAUAUUUCCAUUAUUAAAUAAUGAUUAUACUCCUUAUACUGGUUUGGUUGCUCCAUUUCGUUCUAGAUCAAUGUCACGUUCUAAUAGUAAUAGUAGUAAUCAUCAUAUGAAUGGUGCAAUAUAUGAACAACUUAUAUUAUUAGUAGAAAAUUCAAUUAAAGCAAUGAAAGAUUUACGAUCACAUGUUGAUGAUGUAUCAGAAGUGACUAGAAGAUUAAAGAAAACUAUUUUGGUAUCAAAAUUAUCAUCUUCAAAAGAAGACUCAUCUAUACAACAUAAAAUUUAUAGGGAUGCUAUGUCAGCAAUGGCCAAAGAUCUUUCACAUGAAUGGCAAUUAGAUAGUAAAGUAAAAGCGGGAUUAGGUCACGUAACAAAAUUUAAUAUAGAUUUAACUAAUUGUUUAAGUAAGAUAGGUCCACCUCCACCAUCUCCUCCAAUUGAAGAUCCGCCAAUAACAACAACAAAUAUAACGGAAAGAGGAAUAAAUUUAGUUAAAUAUACAGAAGUAAUGGAAAAAGAAGAAAGGGAAGGGAAAGAAAAUGUAAUUGCAAUUGAUCGUGACGUUGUUGUUAUUGCUAUAUGA